AUGCCGUCGGCCGCGGGGCUGGGCCGGAGCCUGCGGGGCUGCCGGGGCCGGCUGGCGCUGGCGGCGCUGCUGCUAACUUCUUGCGGGGCGCUGGCGCCAGCCCCGGCGGCCAGCCAGCUGCGCUACGCGGUGCCGGAGGAGCUGGAGCACGGCGCCUUCGUGGCCAACCUGGCCGAGGACCUGGGGCUGGACGCGGCGCGCCUCUCCGCCCGGCGCUUCCGCAUCGCCUCCCGGCCGGGCGGCAAGCAGCACCUGGAAGUCAACCUGGAGAACGGCGUGCUCUUCGUCAACGAGAAGAUCGACCGCGAGGAGGUGUGCGCGGGCCUGGGCAGCGGCGGCGGCGGCGCCUGCCUGCUGCACCUGCAGCUGGUCAUCGAGAGCCCGCUGGAGCUGCACCGCGUGGAGGUGGAGGUGCUGGACAUCAACGACAACGCGCCGCGCUUCCCCUGGCAGGAGUACGUGCUGGAGGUGGCCGAGUCGGCGCUGCCGGGCGCCCGCUUCCCGCUGGAGAGCGCGCAGGACCCGGACGUGGGCGCCAACGCGCUGCGCACCUACCGCCUCAGCCCCAACGGCUUCUUCUCGCUGGAGGUGCAGGCGCGCAGCGACGGCAGCAAGUUCGCCGAGCUGGUGCUGGAGCGCAGCCUGGACCGCGAGCAGCAGCGCAGCCACCGCCUCCUGCUGACUGCCCUCGACGGCGGCCUGCCUGAGCGCUCGGGCACAGCGCGCGUGCUGGUGGCGGUGCUGGACGCCAACGACAACGUGCCGGUCUUCGAGCGGCCCUCCUACAGCGUCAGCCUGCCCGAGGACGCGCCCCAGGGCACGCUGGUGCUGCGCCUCAACGCCACCGACCGCGACGAGGGCGCCAAUGGCGAGGUGGAGUACUCCUUCAGCGGGCACGCGCCCCCGGAGGCGCGGGAACUCUUCAGCGUGGAGCCGCGCAGCGGGCAGGUGCGCCUCAAGGCCCCGCUGGACUACGAGCGCGCGCCCCUGCACGAGCUCUACGUGCAGGCCAAGGACCGCGGGCCCUCCGCCGUGGCCGUCCACUGCCGCGUGCUGGUGCACCUGCUCGACGUCAACGACAACGCGCCCGAGGUGACCCUCACCUCGGUCUCCACGCCGGUGGCCGAGGACGCGCCCCCGGGCACCGUCAUCGCCGUGGUCAGCGUCCUGGACCGCGACUCCGGCGAGAACGGGCAGGUGAGCUGCGAGGUGCCCCCCGACGUGCCCUUCCGCCUGCAGCCCUCCUUCCCCAGCUGCUACACGCUGGUCACCACCGGCGCCCUGGACCGCGAGGCCGUGGCUGAGUACAACCUCAGCAUCACGGCGCGGGACCGCGGCUCGCCGGUGCUGGCCACCGCCACGGCGCUGCGCGUCCAGGUGUCCGACGUGAACGACAACGCGCCGCGCUUCCUGCAGCCGGCCUACAGCGUGCAGGUGCCGGAGAACAACGCGCCCGGAGCCUCCAUCUGCGCCGUCAGCGCGCGCGACCCGGACUGCCGGCAGAACGCCUACCUGUCCUACUCGCUGGCGGAGGGCCGCAUCCAGGGCAUGCCGGUGGCCACCUACGUCUCCAUCAACGCCGACAGCGGGCACAUGUACGCGCUGCGCUCGCUGGACUACGAGCAGCUGCGCAGCUUCCAGGUGACGGUGGUGGCGCAGGACGCCGGCUUCCCGCCGCUCAGCAGCAACGCCACGGUGCACGUCUUCGUGCUGGACCAGAACGACAACGCGCCCGUCAUCCUGGCGCCGCUGCCCCGCAACGGCUCGCUGGCGCUGGAGCGGGUGCCCCGCUGGGCCGAGGCCGGCGCGCUGGUGGCCAAGGUCUCGGCCGCCGACGCCGACGCCGGGCAGAACGCGCGCCUCUCCUUCCAGCUGCUGCAGGCCAGCGAGGGCGGCCUCUUCAGCGUGGCCCUGCACAGCGGCGAGAUCCGCACCGUGCGCGCCUUCCGGGAGAGCGACGCGCCGCGCCACCGCCUGCUCGUCCAGGUGCGCGACCACGGGCAGCCGCCGCUCUCGGCCUCCGUCUCGCUGCUGCUCUCGCUGGUGGACGGCGCGCCCCAGGGGCCCUCCGACCUCCGCGAGCUCCCGCCGGGGCCCGACGCCGACGCCGACGCCGCCUCGCCGCUGGCCCUCUACCUGAUCGUGUCGCUGGGCUCGGUCUCCUUCGCCUUUCUGGUGGCCAUCCUCGUCCUGGCGGCCGUCAAGUGCCGCAGGGAGCGGCUGGCCCUGCCGGACUACGGCUGCGCCCUCCCCGCCGCCGCCGCCUGCUGCUGCUGCCCCGGCGCCCGCCAGCCCGCCCCGUCGGACCUCCCCAAGAACUCCAACCAGGCCAGCGCGCAGGGCGCUGCGGGCGGCAAGGCGGGCGAGGGCGGGGCUCUGGCCGGGCCCCCCGGCUACUGCUACAAGGUCUGCCUCAGCCCGGAGUCGGCCAAGAGCGACUUCAUGUUCCUGAAGCCCUGCGGCCCAGACCCGCCCCGGAACAACGAGAAGGGCCCCGCCAAGGCGCCGCCCGCCCGGGGGGCCAGGAACGAGUUGCAGCCCGCCGGCCAGGCAAAGCAGCCCAAUACAGACCGACUGCCGCUGAAAACUCAGCAACCCACUCUGAAGAGUUCACGAAGCCUGGAAGAUAUCGGGGGAGUCCGGCGAGGAGUCCAGAAAGAACACGACAGGCUGUGCACUUUGGUCACUCCAGUGCCAGAGCUCCAGAAGGCAUCUGGGCCCCCAAACAGCGUCUGGACCCCGCGAUAUGCCCCCGUGUACACACAGCAUGUAUCCCCUCUGGACUAUCAACAUAAUGUGUAUAUUCCCGGGACCCCAACCAUGCCUGCCACCAAAGAUGGACCCCCUUUUCUGGACCAGGAGGCCAAGAACAGCUUCUCCACCUUCGGGAAGAGGAAGAAAAUGACCACGUAUUGUGAUAUACAUGAAAACGUGGUUAUUAACAAUAACCUAAAGUAA